AUGACGCGUCUGGAAACUGCUCUCCAGCGUUCAGAAAGUCGCUCUCUGAUGGAAAUGCAAAGCAGAAGAGGAAGCACAAGCACAAGCAGAAGAGGAAGCGUCAGCCAGCAAACGGAGAACAGAAGAGAAACGGAACAAAAUGCCAUUUUUAAGAGAGCCAGUCGCUUUCUUUCACAAGAAAGAGAAGACGGCGGCGCUCCAGUGCGCCACUACGAGAGAGGCCACCCUCUGCCUGCCAACUGCAGUCCCGAGCGUAAAGCCAUCAUUCCUUUCCGAAACCCCGACCUGGGCCUGCCGUCCUAUAGGAGGCGCUGUAAGAUUCUCAGCAAUGAGGCCAUAAGCGGCCUGUCUCCUCAGAGGCACAUGAACUAUUCAAACUUCAGACGCGGCGACAGCUCUGGGAGUCCCAGAUCUACGAACGUCUCACCGCAAAGACAGGCCGAAUCCCGGAGUUCAUCCCAUCGUCGCAGUUCCACCACCCAUGGACACAGAACAUCUCACACGUCCUCCAGACAGGCGUCCGGGAGAUGUACUCCAUCACGAAGGCCAGGUUCCGAAGUCUCUCAUGUCGCCUCCCCCUCGAGAAGCUCCGGAUCGAACAAAUAUGUUGAUUCGUACAGCCCCGCCCACAGAAGAAGCCCCUCCCAGAGUUCCUACGGGCACAGCCUCGAUUCUGAAAAGCUGUAUAACAAUCUUAAAUCGAUUGCCAGCUCGGCAGAGUCAGACGCUUCGGAGUACAAAAAUGGCGAUUUUAAUGAACGUAACCACAGCAGUCAUCACAGCGGUCGUAACAGCCGAAAGAGCGGUCGCGAUUUCUCUCCAACUGGAGGCCACGGUGAAUACAACAUCUCACAUAAAUCAAGUGGACGAAACAGUCGAAACAGCAGAUCUAACACCGGCUACAACAGCCAUGGUUCCUCAACCCCUCAACAAGACUACAACACUGGUCAUUCCACUCCUAAAAAUAAAAGUCGGUCAAAACAUAAUACUGAUGGGAAUGGAGCAUACUCCGAUAUCUCAGAUAAACAAUCCAGAUCAGAGUCCUGUCAUUCACAAAACUCCAGCCACUCCCCUAAAAGCCCCACCUCUCCUGCAUCGACACCUAACAUCUCCCAAUCGAGGCGGGGUCAAUAUCAAGUAGACCCGAACGAUCCACCCAAACCUCAAGCAUUAAACCCAGAGACCAACAAACCGCUCACGGACAGGAGCAGAAGCAACAUCAGACGGGGCUUGGAGGCGUUAAUUCUUUCAGAAAACACCAGAUCUUCCAGCCAACCAGCAGUGCCAGAGAUGACCAUAGAUGACUAUGUGAUAAUAGCAGAUAUUCCCCGAUGUAAGCUGUACCCCGAGGAGGAAGAAGCUGUGAUAAUAAGACGGAGACCGCAGAGCCGAAGUCCACGCAGAGACAAUCAGAACAGCUGUGUGGAUGGGAGAUACGAGCAUGAGGUUUCAGAGGAGAGAGGCAGAGGCAGAGAGAGAGGACGAGACCGCAGAGAGAAAGAAAGGAGAGGUCUGGGGAAAGAAAUGGAAGGGGCAUCAAACACCAGUAGCACUGCAUCAGGCCACUCACAGAGGUCCAGUAACAUCUAUGAAGACAGCACUAGGGCACUAAACAGUGCACACGGAGGUCACUCUCACAUGCAGCUCGACUCUUUGCACUGCGAGAAGGGAUGGAUGUGUAUGCUGGAUGAAGAUGAAGAGUGGAGGAAGUACUGGUUUGUCAUCACUGAUUCAGAACUGAGAUACUAUAGAGACGCUGAGGCUCUGAAGAGAGAUGAUGCAGACGGUGAGAUUUAUUUACAUCACUGUCUGAGUGUGGAGGAAUUCGAUGCGGACAAAGACUAUGGGCUUCAAUUACAUAUGCGUGACGGGCUGGUGACCCUUUCAGCCACGACCUCCAGGAUCAGGAGGAACUGGAUCAACAUACUGAGGAGCAGAAUUUCCUUCAGGGAUUCAGCAGAAAGCAUCCAUGACAACAGUGACAUCAGUGAGAACUCGGGUUCCCUGAAUGCACCCCGCCGAACCCCUCCCGCGCCCCGACAUCGACACGACCUCGCCGGUGGACCAGACAUGACGUCUUCGCCUUUAACCAAUCGUAGAGAGGCCGGCGAGGGACGUGACAAGGAGCAUGAAAGGCGCCUGGAGGACCGAACCAAGUGGUUUCAGGAGGGUGUUUCGGACCUGGACGGUGAUGACCCCUGGGAAAAGGUCGAGCUUAAGAAGGGUGCAGUGACUCCAGCGGUUCUUAUCCGGCCGCAGGUUCCAGAUGCUCAGACAGGGGUGGACAUUGAGAGAAAGUGGGAGGAUUUCGAGCAGCUUCCGUAUGGAGAAUUGAAAAUUGGUUCCCAAAGUAAAGAAGUGUCAAAUGAGGAUCUUCAGCGAGAGGUUGUGUCUCUGCGGCAACAUAUCAGCGCUCUCCGUCAGGGUCGCAUGGCGGCAGGUGUCUGCGGUCCUGAUGCUCCCUGUGCUCUUAAACUGGAACAGGUGGAGAGGGAGCACAAAGAGAGACUGCAGGAGAUACUCAAGGAGCACGAGAGAGAGCGCAGGGAGAUGGAGAGAGAGAAACAGAGACUCCUACAAGAGGAGGCGCACAAUACAGUUCAAGCUAUGGAGGCGUUGAGGAAAGCUCAUCAAGACGAGAUCGAGAAACUAAAGCGACACGGCGGCGAAGAGCCAACAGACCCGUCAAUAAUAAAACAGCUGCAUGAGUCGAUCUCUCUUCAGCGCGAGGUAAGCGGUCUAUCCGAGCGCUACUCGCAGCAGUGUGUGGAGCUGAAGCGCGGCGCUGAAGAAAGAGACGGAGAGAUCCGUCGGAAGGAAAGAGAGAUGGAGCAGCUCCGCAAAGAGAAUCAGGAACUACAAGCACGUCUGACAUUAGAGAUAAGUCUCAUGCGAUCCUUCAUCACUGGUCAAAGGUCAGGAGUUGUUCCCCUUGGAAGCUACGAAAAGAGCACCACGGAGUUAGAGAUGUUACUGAAAGUGAAGGAGAGUGAGGUGGAGUAUCUCCACAAUGAGAUCGGCUGUCUCAGGAAAGAAGUUCAGGCUCUAAUUAAGGAAAAUAAAGCCUUGAGUGAGCACUACAAGGAAGUGCACGUUGAAUUGAGUGAAUUAAAAGGCCACAGUGAAAGAGAGAUCAAUGCUCUCAAAGAACAUCUCAAACUCACCAGCACUGCUCUGGAGGAGGGGCAUCUCCUGGCCAACAGCACCAACCAAUGAGAUCACAACAGGGAGCGGCAACUAAUUAGGAAUUUGUGUACCAUGAUGGUGGUUUGGUCAUAUACAAACAGAAUUUUACAUUGAAAGAGACAGACCUGUCAUUGGUUCAAAUUUAAAAGCUUCUUUCCAGAAGAAACAGCUGUGGUGCUAGAAAUUUAACUCCGAAAGUUUAACCUUUUAAGAACUGAUAUUUAAGUUACAAAAUAUUUGUUGUACUUCAUAGUUAUGGUUUAUGAAAAUAUUUUAUACAUCAAGUGAGUUGAUAUGGGAAAU